AUGAAAGAUUUGGGGCAGGUCUUUUAUCGGCAAAAAGGACAGCAGUUGGACUUGCGAAGAGUACGUGUAAGGCCAGAUGGAUUCUUGGAGAUUGGACAGCAAGACGUCGAGCCGUCUGAUAUACCGGAUUUUCGAUCAUCGAAUAUAGUAGGCGACUCGUCCUUGCCUCCACGACGAUUCUUCCAUAUCCAACAGUUUCUGCAAAUAAUGGCCCUAGCGCAUCACAGAUUGAGCAGACUUUGUAUGAGGUUGAAGACCGAGCCGCCGAACGCGGAACGAAACCUGGCCGAUAUCAGGGGUUCGUCGCUGCGCAACCUUCAGCUUCCCAUGUUCGUCCCUCCGAGCCGUCGCUUGCUCAAUGUGGCACAUGAUGCUAUUUGGCAUCUGCUCCCGGAUGGGGAUUGCGAGACUUUCGAGACCAUUUCCAUAGCUCAGUCGUUCUAUGAAUACUGGAAACCUGCGCACCCCAAAGUGAUCGUCAUGGCCGAAUCGCAUGUAUACACCGAGCAUUCUACAUGCUGCAACCACAAAAUGUGCGCUUCGAUUGCCAAAGAACUCAACUAUACAGGCCCUCGCGAAUUCAUCUCGAUCGUGUACUGCUUGGCCUAUGGAGAAAGAGAGUGCCUUUCGUUGGACAAUGCUACAGAUUUGACUGAGUGUCCAAUGUACACAGCAGCCAGAACUGGAACCCCACAAUUCUGGUCUUUGUUGGCGGCAUGCUUGGGGCAGGAUGGAAACGAUCUCAAGAAAAGACCAUGCUCGCCAGACAGAACUGGCAAACGGAGAAGACACCCCUCAAGCGGAAACGAGGCCAACCCCGACUCUGAAAGAGAAGCCAUGAUCGCUCGUCUGCGGAGAAAGUUGGGUGUCCUACAGGAACUCAAAGACAAAGGGAUAUGGUUGAUUGAUGCCAGCAUUGUUGGUUGGUACAUUCAGCAAGAAAGAGAAUACGUCAUCUCUCGAAAGUCCUUCGCUGUCCAUAGGCUUCAGCUGCAGCGACCUCCAAAAUGUUUAAAGAGGCCAACAUUGGUGUUGUCUUGGGAGCUUUACACCAAGCAUGUGAUUCGAGAAGCCUCAUCGUCUCUCAAGCUCUUGAUACCCAUUGGAAAGGAAGUUGAGCAAGCAAUCACACCCAACCGCAUGAAGCAAGCAGCCGGGGAGCAUGUGCAAAUUUUGGAAUCGUUUCCGGCGCCAAAUGCCUGGUGUAGGGGUGGAUAUGGACCUGUUCUCGACGAGCUUGGUCGCAUUGUUUCGGGAUGCCUACAAGAUGAGAAGAAGCUCUCUGGUGCGAUCGCCUUGUUGGGCUUUUCGGGGAGGACACGAGACUUCUACAAGGGAGAAAGCACUACACGUACUACUUCAGAGAAGACGAAAUCAAAUAAUUCAUAG